CUCCCUCCUCUCAUGAACUCUUCCUCUUCAAGAAAAGUAAACAAGACCAAGUCUUACAAAAUGACCCAAGACUUCUCCCACGCUCAUUUCUAUGCCUUCUCGUCUUUCCCCUCCCUCUCUCGCCCCUCCCAAGAUAGGAGACAAAGGACGGGAUGACAAGAAUCUGCUGCUUCUACCCCGUUGUUUUCCUCCUUUUCCACGGCCUCGUCGCCACUAGACUUGCCUCUGCCGAUCCCCCUGGUUUUCUGAGCCUCUCCUGCGGUGGAUCGACGAGUUACACUGACUCUUCCAAUAUCUCAUGGAUCCCGGAUAGCUCCUACGUUACUACCGGCAAUUCAACUGCUGCUGAAUUCGCUGAAGGGAGUUCGGUGUCUCGGCUCCCCUUGCGUUUCUUCCCGGAUUCCGGACAGGGUCGCCAUUGUUAUAGGUUGCCAACAGGAAAUUUGUCUCUGGUUCUAGUUAGGCCUCGCUUCGUUUACAAGAACUAUGAUGGAAGGGACCAGCCUCCGGCCUUUGCGGUGUCUGUAGGGACGGCGACCUCGGCUUUUGUGAAUCUCAGCCGACUCGAUCCAUGGGUGGAGGAGUUUGUGUGGAAGGUUAAGAAGGAAAGCCUAUCAUUCUGCUUGCUCUCGACCCAAGGUGGUGGCUUCCCUGUUAUCUCAUCUCUGGAAGUUCGCCCUCUUCCUGAUGGAGCUUAUGGGACUAGUUUGGAUGAAUUUGCAAAUAAGUCACUAAAGAAACGUUUCAGGAUAAAUUGUGGUUAUUCUGGCAAUGGUUCACUAAGGUAUCCAUUUGAUUAUUAUGAUCGUGUGUGGGAUGUGGAUCAGAAUUCACCGUCACAUUUGACAGCAGGGUUCCAAAUUCCAAUUCCUCUGAGACUUUCAGGGAUCAGGGAGAGCCCUCCUAUUGCCAUUCUUCAGACAGCAAGGGUUCUGGCAAGAAGAAAUAUGUUGACUUACAACUUCCCACUUGAUAAUCUUGGAGACUAUUAUGUGGUCCUGUAUUUUGCGGGCAUUAUGCCUGUCUCUUCCUCAUUUGAUGUUCUGAUUAAUGACAAUGUUGUCAGUUCAGAUUAUAGUGUGAAGCAUGCAGAGGCUAGUUCAAUUUUCUUUUCGGCGGAGAGCGUUGAUUACUUGAAUAUCACAUUCCGGAAUGCCAGCUUCUACCCACUAGUGAAUGCCAUUGAAAUAUAUGAAAUUCUUGAUAUACCCCUGGAAUGCUCAGGAACCACAGUUUCCGCACUUCAGGUUAUUCAGCAAUCAACUGGAUUUGACUUUGGAUGGGAAGAUGAUCCAUGCUCUCCAACACAAUGGAAGCAUGUUGGUUGUGAUGGAAGCCUUGUUACAUCACUGGAGCUUUCUGAUGUGGACUUGGGAGCAAUAACUCCUACAUUUGGAGAUCUUCUAGACCUUAAAACAUUAGAUUUGCAUAACACAUCCCUUGCUGGAGAAAUAAUGAAUUUGGCCAGUCUUCAGCUACUGGAGACCUUGAACCUGAGUUUCAAUAAGCUUACAUCAUUUGGGUCUGAUUUUGAUACUAUGAUCAGUCUUCAGAUUCUGGACUUGCAAAACAAUAGUUUAGAGGGAACAGUUCCAGACAGUUUGGGAAGUUUGAAGGACCUCCACUUAUUAAAUCUGGAAAACAAUAGACUUCAUGGUGUGUUGACUCAGUCCUUGAACAAGCAAACUUUGGAAGUCAGAACAUCAGGGAAUUUGUGCCUUUCCUUCUCGCCUUCUACAUGCAAUGGCCUUUCAGACCGCCCUUCAAUUCAGACUCCACAAUUCACGGUUGUUAACGUGAAGAAAACUUAUGGUCGCAACCACAAAGCAAUAAUAAUAGGUGCUGUGGGAGGCAUUUUUUGUGCACUCCUACUUAUUGCAGUUGCUAUGGUCAUUUACAGGAGGCGUAAACAAGGAAAUGAUGUGACAUUACAAACAUCAAGAGAGAUACAGAAAUGGAAUGCAGCCAGUGUAUUCACAUAUAAAGAGAUUAAGGUUGCAACAAACAAUUUUAAAGAUGUUAUAGGCAGCGGGGGCUUUGGCUCUAUCUACCUUGGAAAGCUUCUUGACGGCAAGUUAGUAGCUGUUAAAGUACGCUCUGACAAAACACAACUUGGUGCUGAUUCAUUUAUCAAUGAGGUGCAUCUUUUGUCCCAAGUUCGGCAUCAGAAUCUUGUCUCUUUGGAGGGAUUUUGCCAGGAAUCAAAGCAGCAAAUCCUAGUAUAUGAAUACCUACCUGGUGGAUCCUUGGCUGAUAAUUUAUAUGGUUCGAACAGUAAAAGGGCAACACUAAAUUGGGCUCGUAGGCUGAAGAUUGCUGUUGAUGCUGCGAAAGGUUCACAUCCUCCUCUAUCAGUCUAUUCAAAUAUUACAAAGAGAUUAAUUAACUUCCUUCAAAUUCAUGAUAUUGUAACUUUUCCUCACACAGCAUCCUUUAGCUUGUCAUGUUUAAAAUGAGUGGCUGAUGAUAUUUUACACAAUAACAUCAUAUUGCUUUUGGUCUAUGCUUUUUGAAAGAUUAAGUACAUAAAUCAGACUAUAUAGUA